AUGGAUACCUACGACGACAAGUUCAACGACUACGUCAAGUACAUCAAGGAGAUCAUCCCCGACCGGCUGACUGAUAUCAUGAGAACUGGCACACCCUACGGCCCCGGAAACGCCUACUUUCAGUGCACGUACAGCCAGAACGGUCGGAACCACACCCGGGGCUCUUGUCCGGGAGACAUCGGAAUUGACACGGGCACUUUCACCGUCUACUAUGAUCUCGUUGAUGCCGAGGGCUUCUACGGCAACCUAUCCGCAAACUACGCAAGAACACAAGGAGCCCUGACCGAUACCAUCACCACGGCCAAGAUUGAGAUUGCGCUGGGCUCAUGGAUGGGCACCGACGAUGACAUCGUGCAGUCGCUGUCCCUGGCGGUCUUUCUGCUCAGCCAGGCCGUAGCCAGCAUGCAAUCGGUGGUCGCCGUAGCCGAGUCGUACGAAGCGGCCCAGAAGAAGAAAAUGAUCAAUGUGAUCUUGAUGGGGGUGCUUUUGGUAGUCCCGUUUAUGGGUGAGUUUGAUGCUGUUGCGGAUGUCUUUGCGGGCCUGUCCCGCAUUAUCACUUUGAUUGGGGACGCCGGUGCGGGCGCCACCACUGUCUAUGCUAUUGUCGAGGAUCCGAAAAUGGCGCCGCUGACAAUCUUGGAGACGCUUCUAUUGGGUGGCAUGCGCGAUCCGCAGGAGUUCUCUACGAUGGGCGCGGCGAGACGUGGGAUGAGACUUUUAGACAGCUUGCUUUUGACGGUUUCGUGGAUUGAACUAAAUUGUAUACCCCGUAGAAGCUUUCGGCUAAGGAAGACUCCCGGAUACUUAUGUGAAGAUCUGGGGCAUGACGGUGGUACUGCUUCGCAGUUUCGAGUUGGCGAAAUAUCAUUCUAUCCAAGCAACAGGACCAGUACUCUUAUAGGGACAGUCUACAUCAUGAUACAGUACGAUGCAUAUCGCUCAAAGGGCGAAUUCCCUGCUUUGCGUUCGAUCCGCACAUCUUCUUUCUCUGUUGUGAGGGGGAAAGAAAACAAGACCAGGGCGGGGGAUGUAUUUAGGAUCAAGUGCAUCUGUAGCGAGUCAUAUGUACAUUCAAUUAUAGUGAUCACGAGCUCUCAGUGCUAUGCUUUAGAAGAUAGAUAUAUCAGCCGUGAAAAGAAAUUCUCAAAUGACAGUAUAAAUCUAAAAGUAGAAUAG